AUGCACUUUUAAUUUGGAAGUUAAGGUUAGAAUUCCAAACAAAGAAGACGGAGAAUGGCCGCUCUGGCAACGGACAAGAAAUGAAUAAAUAGCUUGGUGAUUUCUGUUUCUUUUGUUAAUACACAACCGAUCAAAAUGAGUCUAGCAUUCAGUAGGGCACCCCGUAAGACGGCGGGGAACCGCAUGUCCAAAUUGUUGGACGCCGAAGAAGAAGAUGAAUUUUACAAGACUACCUACGGUGGAUUCAAUGAUGAAUCGGGAGAUGACGAGUAUAAAGGUGAUCAGUCGGACACGGAGGACGAGGUGGACAGCGACUUCGACAUCGACGAGGGCGACGAGCCCGACAGCGACCUAGAGGAAGACGAGCCUCGCAGGAAGAGAAGAGUUGUCACCAAGGCCUACAAGGAGCCCAUAAAGGUGUCCAAGCCCAAGCCCAAACCCAAGAAGCCGUCGGAGCCGCCUCGCAAGGCCGAGCGUGCCAAGGCUGAUAAGCACCUGCCGCUGGAGCUCCAGGAGGACCUGGGAGAGAGUCGUAAGUCUGUGCGUCAGUCCACCACAGAGCACACGCGGCUGACGUACCUGCGGCUGCAGGAGAGGCAGGUGGCUCCGCGGCGCAGGAAAGGGGCGCACCAUGACCGCCCGCUAACUCAGGAUGAGCUGCUGGCGGAGGCCAAGCUGACCGCCGAGAUCAACCUCCGCUCGCUGGAGAACUACGAGCGCCUGGAGGCGGAUAAGAAGAAGCACGUGAAUAAGAAGAUGCGGUUCGACGGUCCCACCAUCCGCUACCACUCGGUCCUCAUGCCCCUGGUGACCGACGCCCACCUCAAGGAGGAGAACGUGGACGUGGAGGGGUUGGACCAGGACACCCCACAGGCCCCGCCCACUGCCCCGCUCCCUUCCACAGAAGCAGCCACCUCUUCCUCCUCCUCCUCCUCCUCGUCCUCCCAGCAGCUCCCAGGCGGCCUGUGCGCCCGCACUUACCUCACGUUCAGCGACGACGAGGCCUUCGAGCUGGUGUUCCCCCACGCCCCCCCGCCCCGCCCCCCCGUCCAGGAGGUGUGCCCGGUGACCCACAAGCCCGCCCUGUACCGCGACCCCGUCACCGACAUCCCCUACGCCAACACCCGCGCCUUCAAGAUCAUCCGCGAGGCCUACAAGAAGUACGUGGCCGCCCACGGUCUCCCCAACGCUUCCGGAAGCUUCUCCGGGGACGGCGGCUCCCGGGGCGCCCGCCAGAAGAUCGUCAUCAAGCAGAGCAUGUCGGGCACUUAGCGGGGGCGGGGCGGGGCGGGGCGGGGGGACACGCCCGUACGUUAGCCCCACAAAAAACCCUGCGCAGGGACAUCUCGAACUUCUCCCGGAUCCCACCCGGAUCUGUCACUCUUCUGACUUUUUUCUGUUUUCAAAUUCCUUUUGAUCCUCGGUUGUGCGCUCUGUGUUUUUUAAAAAUCAUCAGUUCUGACUUCCUGUCUUCACUUCCUGUCGCCUCUGGACUUUGUGAGAGCGUGGGAACGAGACUGGCCUUUCUCUCUUGCGUCCCUGGACUUGGUGGUCUGCUCCCGCGAGUCUUCUAUGGUUCUGACAUUGAGUGCCCCCAGUGGGACAGUCGUGAUAGAGUAGCACGAGGUGCUAGUUCUGUCAAAGCAUCUGUGGAGAACAUUGCAGUUCACAGUUUAUUGAUUUUUAUUCUGCAUUAUGUUUCAUGCUGGGUUUAUUAAAAACAUAUUUUUUAUGUUGUAAUGUGUUAAGGGUUUUAAGCACGCUGUGUUUUCUGGUUAAACACCGUCUCAGAAGAGAGUUAAUUGGCAGCUGUUCAAGAGGAUAAUGAUGUUUGUUGAACUCCAUUUCCCAUAAAUCUCCUCUCUAGCAGAGAAAAUGAACGACUGAAGAAAUAAAACGAUUUUACAUACAAA